GGCAACGUCCCUCUUCUUCUUCCUUUCGCCCAUCCUUUUCCCCUAAGCCUCCUCUUUCUCUCUCUCUCUCUCUCUAGACUCUCACUUUCUCUCUCUUGAACCCCUCUCUCCAUUCCUCCCCUCCGGUGCCCAUGGUCGGUGCCGGAUCGCCCGGGGCCGUCAAUUGGUGAGUCUGGCUGCGGAUUCUCUCCCUCUGAUCUGCUGACUGGGGGUUUGAGUUUGAAAAAUCUCGGAGCUUCUUUUGUCUGUUUCUGUGUCGCCUUCCGGCGAUUUGGUCCCGGAGUUUGAACCUCCAGGCUCAGCUGAAGGUCCUCCCCCUUGUUUCAGCGCUGGAGCUUCGAACGAAGUCUACCAUAUGGCACCAUCAAGAAAAUCGAGAAGUGCAUAUAAGCGGUUUUCAAAUCUAAACGAGGUCUCUCCUGACAAAGAUGCUGGGAGUUCGAAAAGUGGCAGGCCUCGGAAGAAGAAACUGUCUGACAUGUUGGGACCACAGUGGAGUCAUGAAGAGCUCGAACGUUUCUAUGAAGCGUAUCGGAAGCAUGGGAAAGACUGGAGAAGGGUGGCUGCUGUACUGCGUAACAGAUCCGUGGAGAUGGUGGAGGCACUUUACAACAUGAAUCGGGCAUAUUUGUCUCUUCCAGAGGGGAUGGCUUCUGUUGUUGGCCUCAAGGCAAUGAUGACCGACCAUUACAAUGUUCUGGAAGGAACUGAAAGUGACCGAGAAAGCACCGAUGCAGCGGAAGUGAGGAAGCCGCAGAAACGCAAACGGGCAAAGGUUCAGGUGACAGCUCCGAGGGAAGAUCUUUUGCAUUUUAGCAAUGACUUGUCAAAUGAUGGGUGCCUAUCGCUUUUGAAGAGGAGACGAACUGAUGGUGGCCAACCUCGUGCAGUUGGAAAGAGGACACCCCGUUUCCCUGUUUCCUCUUUGUAUAGGAGAGAUGGCCGGGAAAAUUUUGUUUCCAUGAACAAGAGGGUCGGAAAGUCAGAAAGUGAUGCUAAUGAUGAUGAUGUUGCCCAUGAAGCUGCCCUAGCAUUGGCUGUGGCUUCGAAUAGAGGAGGUUCCCCUCAAGUUUCCCGAAGUCUCUUUAAUAGAACGGAUUGGAUGAAAGCAUCACCUAUGCAAAGUUGGGAAAGGAUGAACUCACAAUCAGGAGCGAUCAAGUGUGGCGACGCCUCCUUGGAUGAAGAAUUGAUAGAGGGCAGCAUCGGCAGUGCCGGAACAGAAAAUGGAGAUGCCAGGGAUAUGAGGUCCUUGAAGGACAUUGAAGGUGUGGGUACUGUAGAAGUUCACAAAAAAGGGAAGAAAAUCUACAGGAAGAAGGAGAAAGUUGAGAAGCAAGAGAAAGAGUUUGAAGAUGGUGGAGAAGCCUGCAGUGGAACUGAGGAAGGAGAUAAUGCUAAUGUUUCGAAAAGAAAAGUUGAUAUUGGAGCUUUAAAUGUGAAAAAGGAUAAAUCUACUCGGCAAGGUCAGAGAAAGAGAAGCAAGAAACUUUUCUUUGGAGAUGAAAACGCUGCUCUCUCUGCUCUACAGACAUUGGCUGAUUUGUCUUUAAUGAUGCCAGCAUCUGCGAUGGACUCAGAAUCUUCAAUCCAGUUAAAGGAAGAGAAAAGUAGUUUUAAUAUAGAUGAUAAGACUGGUGUCCCUGAAGCUACAUCUACUACGCAUCAACGUGGUAGCCCCUCUGGAUCAAAAGACAAAAUAUUUCAUGCAACAUCUGGAUCUGAGGCUAAGAAGUCAAAACCUGGACGACGAUCAAAUCCUGAUGCUUUCUCUCAAGUGAAUGAGAAGCUAAAGCCUACCAACAAAACAGUAAGAAGAAAAAGCAAGCCCGUGGUUUCUAAGCUUCCUAAUGAUGAAGUUCACAGCAGUCCUCACCUGGAUGAAAAUGUCAAGAGUGAGGCUGCUGGAGAAGAAGGAAACAAAUCAGUAAUCAAAGGCAAACGUUCAAUUCAAGUAUCUAGCAUCGCUAGAAACUUGAAAACUCUCAAGCUAUCAGAAAGUUAUUCUGAUGCUGAUAAGAAGGGAAGAGAAACUGGUUCAGUUGUGUCAACUGCUCAAGUUCCUGCACCAGCUCAAUUUGACUUGGCUGCCAGACAUAGAAGUAGAAGAAAGAAAAAUCUGCCUAAGAUUUGGAGUUCAGAGGAGACGAGUGGUCCUGAUACCAUGUCUAGGAAACUGCUUGAUACGCAGGCCACCUUUGUGCAGGACAAACUAUCCUGUUGGCUUUCAUCUGCUCUGGCUCGGCGGUGGUGCAUUUUUGAGUGGUUUUAUAGUGCUAUUGAUUAUCCUUGGUUUGCAAAAAGAGAGUUUGUGGAGUAUUUGAACCAUGUUGGACUUGGACACAUCCCCAGGCUUACACGGGUUGAAUGGAGUGUCAUAAGAAGCUCCCUUGGGAAGCCUCGUCGAUUUUCUGAAAAUUUUUUGAGUGAAGAGAGGAAGAAACUUGAACAGUAUAGGGAAUCUGUAAGAAAGCAUUAUGCUGAACUUCGGACUGGUGCUAGGGAUGGACUUCCGGCAGAUUUAGCUCGACCUUUGUCGGUGGGACAACGCGUCAUUGCUUUGCAUCCUAAAACCAGGGAACUUCAUGAUGGAAGCGUGCUCACAGUUGAUCAUGAUAAAUGCAGGAUUCAGUUUGACCGUCCUGACAUUGGAGUUGAAUUUGUCAUGGAUGUGGAUUGCAUGCCUGUAAGUCCAGUGGAUAACAUGCCAGAGGCUCUUAGAAGACAUAAUGUCUUUGCUGAGAAAUUCUCAACGGUAUCUAAAGAGCCCCAGAUGAAUGGUAAUAUAAAUUUUGGUGGCUCCCUUGUUUAUGGUGUCAGUGGUCAUACUGCACAAAGUCCAAUGAAUUCUUUGAUGAAGCAGGGAAAGGAUAUAACGCGUGCUAUAUCACAAGCUAAAGGAGCUGCUAUCAGUGGCAUUGGUGCUCAACAUUUGGUCUACAGUCAAUCUCUGCCAACAGCUCAUAUUCAAGCAAGAGAAGCUGAUAUUCAGGCUCUUUCUAAUCUUACUCGGGCUUUGGACAAGCAGGAGGCACUGUUAAUGGAGCUUAGGAAUCUAAACAAUGACGUUCUACAGCACCAGAAUGAUGGAGAUGGAUCUCUAAAAGAUUCUGAUUCUUUCAAGAAGCACUAUGCCACGGUACUUGUACAGCUAAAGGAAGCCGGUGGUCAGGCUUCUUCUGCUUUGGUCCAUUUGAGAGAACGGAAUACCUAUACAGGGAAUCCUCUUCCUCCCUGGCUUAAAACCCAAGUGAAUUCUGGCACUCCUAUUGGUCUCUCAGGUUCUGUGGAUAAGUACUUGCUUUCUCAAGAAUCAGGAUGCAAUGUUCCUGAAAUUGUUGAUGGAUCAAGAUUGAAAGCACAGGCAAUGGUGGAUACUGCUAUUAAGGCUAUUUCAUCGGCAAAGGAAGGCGAAGAAGCUUUUAUGAGAAUUGCAGAAGCCUUUGAUUCCAUCAAUGAUCAACAUUUGACUUCAGACCCUAGGUUAUUAGCUGCGAUGUCUCCGGAGAAGGCCAAUGGAGCUUUUCACCAGAGCAGUCAGUCGAAUGAUAGCAUGGCAGAUCCCAAUCAUUCUUUGGGUCGACCUUCCGGUGAUUAUGACAAGGAAACUCAAAUACCAGCUGAGCUUAUCACAUCAUGUGUCGCCACUCUGCUCAUGAUACAGACUUGCACGGAGAGGCAUUACCCUCCUGCCGACGUGGCGAGGAUUCUCGACUCAGCUGUUUCGAGCCUGCAUCCUUGCUGCCCCGAGAACCUCCCGAUCUACCGAGAGAUACAGAUGUCCAUGGGAAGACUCAAGACCCAGAUACUAGCUCUUGUACCGACUCAGAUAUGACAUAGUUAAUUACUCCUAAUUCGACCAUUUGAGAUCAUCACAACUUGUAUAUAUACUCGGUGGCACAGUUCCGGAAAUUUUCGUCGCAGGUUACCUAAUUGUGUAAUUCCUAGUGAGAGAGUGGAAUGCGCUGCUGUUGGCAGUAGUUAGAAAGGUCCUUGUGGUUCAGCAUCUUAUAUUUUUCGCCCCUAAUUAUUUUGCCUUUUCUUUUCAUAUGUAACAACAAAAGAUACUAUAAUGUUAUAUAAUUUCCAUUUCAAUAUUGCCAUUAUAUUUUUUGGAUCAA